UAUGAACGCUUGGGCUUAGAGCUCCCUACUUAUAUCCUUUUGAGAAUUAUUUGAUUUAUUUUAUUUUUCUUCAGUUUGGAUACAAAUUCUUAGUUGUUCAAGAAGUAAAAGCAUUCAACUUGUCCACACUCCUUUUGAAAGACAGGAAACCAGCCUGUAUCCUGUUAAAUAGGUUUCACAAUGACUAAGUGUCAGAGUAUAACUCCUUUAAAUGCGAGUGUUUAUAUUAUGUCAUAUAUUUUAGUUGCUGAUGUACUUAUAUGUUAGGAAUUGAAUUAUACUCUGUUCUUCAAGACAGGAUUUACUUACAUUUUUAGAAUGAGACAAAAAAGGAUAUUUUUUACUAAUUUGCUAAUAAUAAUGGAAGAUAAUAAUGAAGAUUUGAUUACAUUUUAAGAAUAUAACCUAAAAGGGUAUUCAUUUCUUUUUCUCUAAGAAGUAUCUUUGUGAUGUAUGCUUAUAAACUGUAUAGCUUUUAGAUACAUUAUAUUCAUUUUUCUAUACCAAAAGGUGUAAAUAUAGAGGCUUAGAUUAUAAUAUGUUUAAAGAAUGAUUCCAUGCUUUCUGUAUACUGGUACUUAAUUUUUUCUUCCUCUCUUCAGCUGGUGGUGUUGAACAGUGAAGGCCAUGAUUAUCAGCUGGAGGUUCCCACAGGAACAACAGUUGAGAGGAUAAAAACCAUGGCCAUUGGACACUUCUUCAAUCCCUUAGAGCUGGAAGGAAUCAGUGUAACAGAUGACAAAGGGGAUACAACCAAAACGGGUAACAAGAGCAGGACGUACCGCUUGGUGCUGGUGAGGGAAGGUCGGCCGCUCCUGGAUGUCAACUCUCUCCAGCUUGAGCAGCUUAUAGAUAAUGAUGAGUUGCUCUUGGUUGAUGGCCGUGAAGCUCCAGCUAUCAGGGAGCCAGCACCAGAAGAGAUGACCAUCCCGACAAUGAGUGAGAUAGCCGAAGCUACAGUAAACCUCACAAAACGCAACCACAACCGUGAUCCAGAUCCAAUGAAUCAUUCAACUGAUUUUCAGAUAGAAUUUCGAAGGAUCUUGAUAACAAUGAUUGAAGCCUCCAUCCGCCUCAUGAGUGCUGAUCCAGAUUCUGAGGAAAUCUUCACCCAGAUCUUGGACAAGCUUGAACGUAGACACAGGCCACGCAUUGAUAAAAAUGCACUCCGACAGCUGACAGACAUGGGCUUUCCAGAGGCAGAAGCCACCAAAGCAUUACAUGCCAAGAGGUAAGGAUCAUUCUGGCUAUAUGAGGGAUGAGUGUC